UGCGGCUGCAGGGACAGCAUGUCUAGACUGGGGGCCCUGGGUGGCGCCCGCACCGGCCUGGGACUGUUGCUGGGCACCGCUGCGGGCCUUGGAUUCCUCUGGGCGUUUUACAUCCAGCGGUGGAAACGAACUCAGCGCCAUGGCCAAGGCCAGAGCCUACCCAACUCCCUGGACUACACGCGGACUUCAGAGCCAGGACGUCAGGUGAUGCUGAUGCGGCCAGUCCCAGGUGAGGCUGGAGAUGCUGCAGUGCUGCCAAGCCUUCCACGGGAGGGGCAGGAGGAGGUGCUGGACCGCCUGGACUUUGUGCUGAACAGUCUCGUGGCCCUACGACGGGAGGUGGAGGAGCUGAGGGGCAGCCUGCAAGGGCUUGCUGGGGAGAUUGUCGGGGAGGUCCGAUCCCACAUGGAGGAGCACCAGAGAAUGGCCCGGAGGCGAAGGCUCCCAUUUGCCAGAGAGAGAAGCGACUCCACUGGCUCCAGCUCCAUCUACUUCACAGCCACCUCUGGAACCACACUCACAGAUGCUGAGAGCGAAGGAGGGUACACAACAGCCAACGCCGAGUCUGACUAUGAGCAGGACUCUGACAGGGAGAGUGAGGACGGGGAAGAUGAUGUGAGCUGUGAGACGGUGAAGAUGGGAAGAAAGGAGUCUCUGGACCUGGAGGAGGAGGUGGUGUCAGGCCUUGGGCCCGGUGCCCUGGGAGACGGAGAAGCUGCUGGCCAGGAGGACGUGUUACCCCUCUUGCAGCAGGUGGAUGCGCUGCACCUGGGCAGCAAGCAGGACAAGCGGGAGGGCUUCCAGCUGCUGCUCAACAACAAGCUGGCGUAUGGAAGCCGGCAGGACUUUCUCUGGCGCCUGGCCCGGGCCUACAGUGACAUGUGUGAGCUCACCGAGGAGAUGAGUGAGAAGAAGUCAUAUGCCGUAAGUGGAAAAGAAGCAGCAGAGGCCGCUCUGGAGAAAGGAGACAAGAAUGCCGAGUGUCACCAGUGGUACGCGGUGCUUUGUGGUCAGCUGGCUGAGCAUGAGGGCAUCCAGAGGCGCAUCCAGAGUGGCUUUAGCUUCAAGGAGCAUGUGGACAAAGCCAUUGCUCUCCAGCCUGAAAACCCCAUGGCUCACUUUCUCUUGGGCAGGUGGUGCUAUCAGGUCUCCCACCUUAGCUGGCUAGAAAAAAAAACUGCUACUGCUUUGUUAGAGAGUCCUCUCUGUGCCACCGUGCAGGACGCCCUACAGAGCUUCCUCAAGGUUGAAGAACUACAGCCAGGAUUUUCCAAAGCAGGAAGGAUAUAUAUUUCUAAGUGCUACAGAGAACUAGGAAAAAACUCUGAAGCUAGACGGUGGAUAAAGUUGGCCCUGGAACUACCAAAUGUCACUAAUGAGGAUUCAGCUUUCCAGAAAGACUUGGAAGAAUUGCAAGUAGUUUUAGGAGAAUAA